AUGUUUGAGACAAGGAUGGAAGAAUGGAAGCCUUACAUGAGUUGUUGCGUUGGAAUGAACGACAAGAACAAAACCCACCCAGAAAACUUGGGCGAAAGCCUCGGCUCAGAAUAUCAAUCCGUGAAUCCGUUAAUGACUGCAGAGAGCACAGUGAUUAACUGUCUAUGCAUGCUUGAAUUUGGGGUAUUCGCAUUAUGUAAAGAAUGGAUGUUGAACAGACGGCUGUUACAAACCGACUAUCCGAAGAGGCUUGCUUCGGUGAGAAACAAGCUUGAACAACUGAUUAGCGCCGACUUGUCUGUCCUCGAUUUAUCAGAACAUGAAGCACCCUCUUACCUUCAGGCUUUGCAGGUUUCACAAAUUAUGGGAAAAAGUGAUACCAGGCGCGAUUUUUUCGGCCGUGCUAGUCAACCUGUUCGUUCUUGGAAAGACAUUGUUGAAACAUAUGAAAAGCACAAUCUCCAUAUCGAUCGUCAAAAACUUAUCACAGUGAGUCGAUUUGUUAAUAUGGGAUUUGCGUCCAAGGAUCUCAGACAGAAGGUCAAGGAGCAGACCCUAAAUGUAAUGAAGAAAGAAGAGGCACUGGAAAAGUCCUGUAAAGAAUUUGGCAUCAAUGCUUCGGAAGCAAACAUCAAGCUUCGCCUUCUUGAAGAAUCCACGGAUGUACCGACAUUGCUGACCAACUUUGUUGAGAGUUUGAGUGAUCUUACCUGUGUCGUAGAUCUGUACGCUGCGAUGAAGGAGUGCACACACAGAGCCUUUCAAGAUGAGCAAGCACAGAGGGUUAACCCACUUCCGGAGUGUUGUCCCACUCUCAGACUGCUCAUCAAAUCUGGUCACGUACAUCUGUUCACGUGGAAAAUGGGCUGUGAACCCGGGAAGCUGGGGGCGGAUGACGACUUCAUUCCCGCUUUGUUGGCUGAAGAACGACGACGUGUGCAGCAGCCAACCGUGAACAUUGUGCAACAGACGGCUGUGGACGAGACGCCGGUACUGGAUCUAGAUACUUCCGUUGAUAUCGAGUGGGGCGAUAUUGAUAGAGCGGAAAUAGACUUUGAUGUCAUUGAGGUGGAGGAAGAUGCGGUGGCACAGAUCGAACUGGACGAGCCAGUACAAGCCCGCAAUACCAAUAUUGAUACUAACAUCACGGAAGGAAAUCUACAUGAAGCUGUUGUCUCCGGUCAUAUGGCUCGCUUUCUUCUGGAUACAAUCGAGGGUCGCGCUGCCCUGUUGAAUGAACUGGUCGAACUCAGUUCCUUUUUGACGCGAUUCACUGACGAUCUUAUCGAGUCCCAAGGACUCAACAGAGAUGAUCUGGAGCUUGCCGACUCUCCCACUGUUUCAACUAGUUCUGUUGGGAACUUUGGUGGUUCGAAUACGAUUCACAAUAUGAUUAUGCAAAAUUCUCCAUCCAUUAUUCAGUCAGUGUCCGCCAAAGAAGCGGCAAAGAUGCUCACCAAAGUGGAACGUGCUCGUGCACAGUUAACAAACAGUUCCAUCAGUCAGCUCUUGAUGAUCCGCAGUAAACCAGGAUAUCUUGACCGACUAGUGGGACGUUUGACGGAUCUUCGUCUUCAGGUAGAACGCGCCAAAGCGCGUGUUGCGGAAGCCCAAUCGCGAAUUGAUGAAGCCACUGCAGAGCAAGAAAUUCAGGCUGGUGCUCUUGUUCGGUAUCGGUCUCGCUGCAAGCAGCUGGUCCAAAUCCUGGAAACCGAACUCACCAAAAUAUGCAAUCGACAAAUUCAAAUUAUCGGUCAAGUGCUCGAUAUGUGAUGUUUGAUUCCUACUUUACCUACUGCUUUGUCUUACUUUUCUUACUUUUCGGUGAAUUUGGUCCUUGUCACCUUGUUUGUUUGUGUGUGAAUACACCUCGUAAUGCAUUGUGCCAUCUUGACAGUUGUCCUGUUUCCUAUUCAUUUCAGUGGAUAACUAGGUACUGGGAUCGAUGACAGAUCCCUCAGUGCUGUUAAACUAAUAGGCUAUCACCGUCGUUCUCCACAACACGUUUAUUUGAACCGGUACUCACCCACCGGAACGCAUAUAUGACUCUAAACUCGCAUUUGUCAUUCGUCCGCAUCUCCAAGCCUCAUAAUCUCCAUUUGUUCGCGAACCCUUAAUGUCCC